AUCAUCUAAGGUAGGUUGUCAAAGGAUAUAGUAAUUUAGGCAGACAAAUAAUAGAUGAAAUUUAAUCCAGACAAAUGACAUAAUGCAUUUUGGAGAUUAAAUGCAAUAAGAAAGUAUAUAGUAAAUUACAGGAUCCGCAGGAGCACAGAUGUACAGAGAUUUUGGGAUACAAGUCCAUAGCUUCAACACAGAUGGUGAGGGCGGUAGAGAAUGCCCUGAAUAAUUCAGUCAUGAAACUGCAUAAAACGUUGGUGAGGCCACCUCUAGAGUGUUAAGUGCCAUUCUGGUCACUGCGCUAAAAGGCUUUAGUGGAGAUGCAGAAGAGAUUCACUGGGGUGUUUGGGAAUCUACGAAUGACUUCAAGGGGGUUUAGAAUGAGCAGAAUAAGAUACUUAGUCCAAAAUUAAGACUAUUGAUUUCGGCUCAAUUAAUUAUGGUGAAACCCCAUAAGUAUCUUAUGUCUCCUAUCCAUUUUACUUAUUAAUUAUAAAUCGAUGGAUGUAUAUUAACUAUGAGAAGAGGAUAGACAAAGUUAAUUUUCUCUGGAGCAUGAGUGAUGACCUGUUACAAUAUAAAUGACAGAUAUAGAUAAGCUAGAUAGAAUAUUUUCCUCCAGGUGGAAAAUGGCAAAUAGUAGAAGGCAUAACUGUAAAGUGAGAGGAGAAAGAUCAAUGGAAAUUUACGAGGCAAGAUUCUUUACACAUAAAAUUGUCUGGAACAUACUGCCAAGGGAAGUGAUGGAGGCAGAUACAAUACUGUAACAUCGCUUAUUAAGAGGUUUUCAGACAAGACAGAUGGACAGGCAGGGAACAGACGUGGAUCAUGUUCAGGGAGAAUUUGAUUAGUUUAAAUUGAACUCAUUAUAGGUCUGAUGGUUACAUUACAAAGUAGAACGAGUGUACUUGUGAUGUCUGUCUUCAUCCUUAGUGCGAACGUUGUCGUUUCGAUCUCAAUCACUGAAUACAAUCCGUGAGCUGAGGCCAGCCCGUGGCGGCUUCCGUCUGCUCCGGCGUCUUGUUGCCUUGCAACGCCCAUCGGCGUGGCCUAAACUCAUCCACGCCCGCAGGUAGCCAGCCACCUCCGGCGUUCACGUGGCUGCCUCUUAGGGUAAGCGGACAAUAAUGCUCCUUUACUCUGAAAUAACAAAGUUGGCAGUUGAAACUGAAAACUGAAUGCACCAUGGCGACUGCGAUGGGAAUUGAAGCGGUUUGGAGGGUAGGGUGUAGGAUUUUGACCCGAAACAUCUCCGUCCCAUAGAUGUUGCUUGACCCGCUGGUUCCUCUGGGGCAUUAUUUGUUGCUCUUGUGACUCAGAAAUAACCCCGCCUCCCGUAAGCGGCGAUUGAUGCAGCGAGGCCAAUUGCGGGCAAACUCUGGGUCCAGAGUGGCUGGCAGCCCUUGUCAAUUCACAUUGCACCGCCGCCCCUUCGUUCUCAUGAAGCUUCCUGUCAUUCACGGCGGGCCGGACGCGCGGGCUUUGGAGAAAGGGGCCCGCUGGUCAGCCAAUCGCAGGCGGGGCGAGAGGCCGGCCACACCGCCGCUGGUACUGGUACAACCUCGGAAGCGACGGGGCACAGAGGAAUAAGGCAGGAGAGUACCUAUCUGAAGAAUCAUCUAACAUAAUCAUGAGUCGUAAACUCACCAAAGAAGAAAUAGAAGAGCAGUUUGAACAAUUCUUGAAAGAGUCUGUUUCAGAUGAGUCUAUUGACCUAGCAAAUUCACCAAAAUCCAGUGUUCUGAGUUCACUGGGGCAGCAUAAUAGGAAGGGAACUGAAAAGGAUACAAAACCAUGGUGGAUUAAUGAUGAUGAUUCUGAUGAAGGACACAUGCUGCCAACCAGUCAGAGCUUUCUCAAAUCCCAGAGGUUCCCAGGGUCAAUUCCAGAGGCUGAAGAAAUGCAACAAGAGGAGAAGGUUUUGCCUCAGGGUGCUGAGAGGACAUCUGUAUCCAUCAGCAAAGACAGUUUGGAACCAAAUGAUCCUGUUAUAGCAUCAGGCCCUGUAGUAAGCACUCUUGGGGCUGGACUAGAUACACUCGAAGAAGAAGAGGAGAAAGAACGUUUUUUUGCUAACAUUGAGAAGGGAGCUACCUCUACAAUUGACUAUUCCAGACUAAACAAAGAACUUGAAUCAACAGCUUCAACACCUAUAAAUGCUUUGAAUCUAAAAGAUGAGUUUGUAGCAUUGGAGGAUGAUGAAACAAGGGAUGGUGAGUCUCCAAAACCUAAAAGCAUCACAGCUUCGAAGCACUACAGUGAUGAUUUUGAAGAGGAUUCUGAUAAGUUUGGUGGUGAAGAAUUUGAAUCGGAUGGCAAUAUAAUGCAAACGGAAUAUAAUCUAGGAAGCACUGAAGAUACAAAAGAGGCCACAGAACAGGAAGCAAAGCCAGGCAUGCUAGCAAAAGUCGUACUGCUAGAUUCAUUAGAUUCAACACUGGAUACACAGAGGUUAUUACAAUCUGGGGAUGACAAAUCUAUGGAAAAAAAUUCAACAGAUGAAAGAAGCGGACAAGACAUAGCAUCUCAAAUGAAUGCCACUGCUGUUUCCUUUGGGCAAACUAACAGUGAUAUUGAGGCCUUGCAUCAAGAAUAUCAUAAAAUUGAUCAGUCUCUGGAAAGUACAGGUGUGGGACAUGAGUCAUUAAAUGAAGAACACAUUAACUUUUCUCUAGAUCUUCAGAGCCAUGUUGAGGACUCAGCAAAGAAUAUUUCUACAGCUGAAUCUGAUCUGCCUACAAUAGAAGAACUAAUGAAACCUAUUAAAGCAGAAGCUCCAUUUUCAAGAGGAUUUGACUUGCAUUCAGUAAGUACAAAUACACAGCUGGAGAGUGAUGUUGAUAAAAUAUCCAGUAAACUGAUGCUGAAGGAUUCCAAUAGUCGUGGUCUUUUUCAAUCACAGUUUAACUCUAAUAAUUUAUGUGAAAUACAUGAACCAUACAAAGAAUUAUCUGAGAGAUCAUUAAAGGAAAAUGCAAACCACUCGAGUAGAAUUUCUGAUGAUGAUAUGGAAGCCUUAAUUAAUGACAUUAAAUAUAAUACUGCAAUCAAACACAGUCUUUUGGCUUCACGUUCGCAAGUUGUCUCCCACCAAGAUGAUCAGAUCCCUGCCAAGGCCAAAAGUCCUAAAUUAAGAAAUAAGAAGCACUUUGGUGGAAACUAUGCAUCUGUCAAAAGUUCAGGAUAUGGCAAAGUUAGUCCAAUAAAGAAAGAUCCCCUUGGUGCUGGUGAAAAACAAACCUCUUUGUCUCCAACAAAACAAACUGUAUCAAUUAGGGGUGUUAAAGCCAGAUCCCCAUCAGACCACAGAAAAGACAAACCAAAAGGACAGUUAUUUACAACACAGAUAAUCAGAUCAGAAAAGCAAAAAUCUCCUGAAAAUAAUCUUGAAAAUCCAACUUUUACUUCAGUGAAGCCAUCCUCUGCAGUACUUCAACAACAGUUAUUUACAAGAGAUGAAGAGGUUUCAAAAGAAAGUGGAUGGAGUUUGCUGGAGCCCAGUAAUGUAUGUAGAGAGCUUACCCUGCUACAGAAACUAGAAGAAGCACAUGAGAAAUGGAGCACAGAGCACCAUCUGGUUGAGCAGCUAAAAGUAAAGCUAGAAAUGAAAGAAGAGGAACUUGCUGACAAGAAUGAAGAACUGAAGAAACUUCCUCAACUAAAUGAAGAAAUUUAUAUGCUUCAAGCAAAGCUAUGCAGCUUGCAAACAAGCAAGAAAAAAAUAAUAAUUGGAGGCACAUUGGAUCCUGUGACUGAAGAAAAACUCAAGCUAAUUGAAAAGGAAGUUCAGGAACAAGAAACUAUUAUUCAAGGCUACCAUCAGGAAAAUGAAAGACUUUACACACAGGUGAAAGAGCUUCAGAUGGUAAAUAAAAGAAAUGAAGAGAAAAUGUUCACAGAAUCCCGUCACUUGAUGACUGAAAUACGACAAUUGAAAGAACAGCUAAAGAAUACUAAUAUGAAGCAAGCAUCAAUCCAUGAUAUACAGUCAUCUGAGGAAAUUAAAAAUCAGAAUAUUGCUGACUUGCUUUCACAGUUGAAGGCAUCACAGAAAGAAGAGGUUAAGUACACAGAAGAGAUCAGGAAACUUAAGCAGGAGAAGCAAGCACUAGAGGUGGACCUGGAAAAAAUGAAGAAAGAAUGUAAUAUGGCUAAAGUACAACUUACUAACACCUCGGGUGAUAAAGAUUUUGAAAUUAAAAUCAUGGAAGAACAAUAUAAGCAAGAAAUCCUUCGUCUCAACAAGAGGUUGCAGUGGUAUGCUGAAAACCAGGAGAUGCUGGAUAAGGAUGCAGCACGGCUUAAAGCAGCAAAUGCCGAGAUUGAGAAGCUAAAGGAACAGGUGGAAAAACUUACAGCUGUUUCCAAAGUCAGGAACUCACCUCCUGAGAAACGUGCAAAGUGGAGAACACUUGAAGCCAAACGAAUUCAGGACCUUGAGCGACAAGUGAAGGAAAUGGAAGAAAUCAUUCGAAGACGUUAUCCAAAUUCCUUGCCUGCUCUCAUUUAUGCAGCAGCUUCUAUACCUGAUGCAUCAUCAGAAAAUGAAGGCAAACUCCAUUCUAGAGUUUUUCUAGAAAAAAGAGUAAAGAAGUUGGAGGCUGAUCUUGAGGGAAAAGAUGAAGAAACGAAGAAGUGCUUACGAACAAUGGAGCAACAGUUUCAAAAGAUAAAGAUUCAGUAUGAACAGAGAAUCUCAGAACUCGAUCAGCUUCUAAUGCAAAAGUUAAUACAUGAAGAGGAAAAAUUAGAUGAUCCUGAUCCAAAAAUGAAGAUACUUGAAGAGGAAAUUCUCAAGUUAAAAGAGGCUCACAAAUCCAAAGAAAAUCGUCUCAGAGGUGAUAUUGAAAAGCUGAAAAAUCACCUUUAUCAUGCAGAAUUAAAGCUGAUGGAAAGAGAAGAAAGCUCCCAUAGAAUGGUUGACCAACAAAUGCAGAAUACAUAUCAUCAAGCCAGGGUUGAAAAACUCAAUUUAGAACUAGCUGCCAAAAACCGAGAAAUACAAGAACUUUCAAAGACAUUAGAGCGGCUUCAGACAGAGAGAAGAGUGCUCCUUAGUAAUAAAAUGCCUGCAGACAAACAUGAUGCACAACAGAAGUCCACCAGGAAGUCCAAGAAGAGCAAAGAGUCCAUUGUGACUUUCCCAGCAACUUUUGAUGAAAAAGCUUAUCAGCCAAAUGAUUUUUCUGGUUUUCAUAUAUCAGAUGUUUUGAAGGAAAAUGACAUAUUAAAGAACAACAUUGAAAGGUUAACACUGGAAAUAGAUCAGCAACGAAUAAAAUUAGCCCAGUUUGAAAGUGAAGCAAGGAGAGCUCAAGAUGAUGUUUCUGAGCAUGUUGCAGCAUUAAAAGUAUCUCAUCAACAAGAAAUAGAACAGCUAUUGACUCAGCAUGCGUUGAAACACUCUUCCUCGAAAGUGGCUGAAUUGGCAAAUAAAAUUACCGCUCAAGAGAUUAUGUUGAAGCACCUUCGAGAACAGAUUAAUGAGCUGCAGAAAGACCGUGAGGCACUUUCUUUCUCUAAACUUCGUGAAGAAGCGCUGCAGACUCAGAUGGCCAAGCUCUUAGAAGAACUCAGGGAAGCCAAGGAGAAUCAUAGUCCAGAGAUGAGACACUUUGUGGCACUGGAAAGAAAAAUUCAGAAGAUGGAGCUCAAGUAUGCUCAGAGGGAGCAAGAAUUCCAGCAGUUAAUUCAGAAAGCUCGGCACUCUGCUGAUGCAGAACAACUUCAAGAAGUGGAGAAGUGGAAGAAACUGGCACAGUUGAAAAACCAUGAACUGGAAAAUUUCAGAACAGAACUUGACUCCAUAUUGGAUGUUCUCCGUGAGCUGCAAAGACAGGGUGUUGUUAUUCCAGCUCCUGGUUCCAUGAGGCAAAAUAUCUCUAUGUUUACCAGGCAAUUGUAAUACUGUAAGAAUGAUUCACUUUUAUUAUGUUAUAGAAUUUGUUACUGGAAUGUGUAUACUAGUAUGUAGCCUAUGAGGCUGUGGCAUCUUGAUGCUUGUUUGCAAAACCUUUGUAUGUAUAUUUCCAAAAAUCAGAAACUGGAUGAAAUAUUUGACAGCUGAUUUGACUGCUUAGUCUCCUUCAGUUUGAGUUAAUAGGCUCUACCUAUUAAGAGAAUCUUACAAGAGUACAUCUAAUUUACUUAUUAAACUCUGACAUUUAUCUUAAGUACUGUUACUAUAGUCAUGCAUCUAUUUUGAACAGAUCAAUAUUUCUAUAAGAAUAUUGGAGUUUUUUGACAGUUAUGAGUAUUUUGUUAGCAUCCCAUAGUCUGAUAUUGUGGGAAAUUAUAUAUGGAACAACACUGAAUCAGAAGCAAUGGUGAUUCUCAAGGCAGUUUCCUAAUUUAUGACAAUUAAUAAUGAAGUAUUAUUACAUUAGUAGAGAUCAGGUUUGUUAAAUAUCCAUUUGUCUAUUUACACCUGUACAUAUAAUUGUAUUUCUUUGAAUAUAAACUCUUCAGUAGCAUACCUUUCAAAAUCAGCUUGAAUGUAAAUUUUCUUUUGGUAUAGUGCCAAAUAUUAGAGAUAAAUUUAAGUAUAUUUUGGCAUUGUCAAAAUAAAUUAUACU